AUGGCCGACCAACCUAAGCCUGUCCGUGUUGCCGUCAUUGGGGGUGGAAUCGCUGGUCUUCUCCUCGGCCAGUUACUCUCCUCAGCUCCCGGUAUAGACGCACACGUUUUUGAACGCUACCAAAACGAGGACAGCCUCUCGGGAUACCGCAUCCAGCUAAGUCUUGAGAUUCUCAAUCUUCUGAAGACCCAUCUACCGCCCGAGACAUGGGCCAAGGUCCUUCCGAGCGUGGCCAAGACACCAAAAGAGGGCUACUACCACUCGUGCUUCAUGCGGCCAGACGGACAUGUUUUCUACACAUACCUACCCGAGGAAUUCCGCAAGACAGCCGCAGUCUCACGCCUCAGAUUGAGGAAGGGCCUUCUCUAUGAGUCGGAGAAAUGGUUGACAACUGGCAAGAAGUUUACAACUUACCAAGAGCUUCAAGAUGGAACGAUCAAGGCAGUUUUUGCAGAUGGGAGUAGUCAUGUUUGUGAUCUAAUUGUCGGAGCUGACGGGAUUACCUCACGGGUCCGACGUACUCUGCUACCCAGCAUCCAAACAGUUCAGACAGAUCUGGUCAUCAUCUACUUCAAAGUCCCCUACACUCGAGAGGUAGAAAGCAUGAUUCCGUACAAGACAGGGAGUCUGGUCCUCUACCCCAACGGCCAGGAAAUCACCAUCAUGACAUGGCAAAACCCCGAGCAGCCUUACGCUAAGGGUCUCGACCCUGAGCACAUCGACCCAGAAUCAUCAUACGUUAUGGUAGGUUUCGGUAGCCGCCUUAGAGAUUUCGCCGAUCAGUCAAAAUCACCGGCUGAAAUGACACCCGAUGAACUCAAAGCCGAGUGCAUCUCCCGCGUCAACGCGCACCCAACCCACCCCUCCAUCAAAGCACUAGUGGAGCUCAUCGUCACAGACUCCGCCUACGCCAACGUCUUCCGCAUGGUAGACGUUAGAAAAGGAGCUGCAUGCGCUAUGGAGGAUGCAGUGGAUCUUAGUAGGACCAUCAUACGCUUCCCGGGCACUCCCGCUGAGAAGAGGGCGAGUAUGCUGAGGGAGUAUGUGGAUACGAUGAGGGCUAGGAGGCUGAAGGAGCGCAAGAGGAGUGCAUUUGUUAUGAAUCUUUGCUUCUUUGGGACUACGUCCCUCAGAGCGUCUGUCAGGGAUUAUGGAAUGGAGAUUGCGAAUGUGUGGUUGACUGCUAGUGGGCUCGUCCGGCUUGCUAUUCUGGUAUUGGUGAUCGGGGCGUUUGUAGGGGGUAUUUGGGGGCUGAACGGCGAGUUUCUGAAGAAACUGGCCGAGGGGCUCAGACAGCGUAUUGAACUUCAGUAUGAAGAUCAGGGGAGUGGCGAUAGAGUCUUCCCGCUCAGCUUCCUCGACACCUACUUCAUGCCUGUUGAUGUAGUCCUCGUCAUUAACGGUACCUUGGACAAGGAUCAACUGCGAACAUCACUGUCAAAGACCCUGUCACUGUUCCCGCCUGUGUACGGGCGCUUCAGAAGACCCUCUGCAGCUACACGCGGAGAGCUCUCGCUGAACCUCUACCACCCCGUUCCCCUAUACUUGCAGAAAGACCAUCAAGGGGCAUUCUAUCCUUCUGUUUGGAAGAGGUUCAUCAAUCGCAUCACGACUAAGAAAGUCCUGAAUGGCCAAGCUCCUCUGUUACAGAUCACCGUCACAUACUUGCCUCACACCUCUCAGACAGUCUUGGGGGUGAGCUUCUGCCACGUCCUUGGAGAUGCCUUGUCACUAUACCAUCUUCUAAAGGCAUGGCAUGAUAUACAUACUCAAGAGACACUAUCGAUAUCUCCCCACGUCGCUGAGAGGAUCCGCUUCAAGUCUCCCUCGAAAGCGGUAUUGUUGGAAGAUAUACCCCGACGUCUUCCCCGGCGAUCACAGCUAUUCUCCCCCACAGUGAUAAGCAAGAUCAAAGCCUAUGCCCCACUGGUUCACACGAUAGUGUUCAAGACCCUGGAAUAUGCAAGAUUUGAUGUCUCAGCAGAAGAUCUCAGUAUCCUUGUUCAGAAAGCACGGGCUCGGCUACACCCGGCGACAUGCUCAACACAAGAUGCAUUUAAAGCCUACCUACUCAAGGCGCUGAACCGCUUUGUGUACAACGGGCUCAUGCCGCAUCCGCGUGUUACGCGAAUUGUCACUAUAGUAGAUGCACGAAAGGCUAGAAACAUGCCUAGAGAGUAUUUCGGUAAUUGUAUCACAGCUGUUGAUACGCCAUAUUUGCCAGCGUCUAAGAAUCUGAGCGAAGUGGCAUUUGCAGUUCGCGAAGGAGUCACUGGGCUGACGCCAGAGAAAUUGGCCAAGGGGGAUGAGUGGAUUCAGUCUAUUCAAGCUGUCAACGGGCUCAUGGAUUUGGCGCCCGCAUUUGACCCUGAUACUUUGUAUGUAGAUGAUUGGACUAAAGUUUCUAUGGAGGAGAUAAAUUUCGGACAGGAGCAGCAUAUGUUCUGCCAGCCCUUGGAAGUGGAGGCUUUGCCUGUCCGAAAUUGGUGCAUGAUUUACAAGGCAAAGUCGGCUAAUGAUGCAGGCGAUGCGAAGAGACUAGGAUACCAGGUACAAGUCUCGGUGCCAAAGGGACAGGUAGCUGAGCUCAUGAAAGGCAUAGUUACGGAUCUACAGGAGGGAUUUGAUGAGUACUUUUGGUAG